AUCAUCACAUAAGGUUUAAAAGUCCGUUUAAAGAUAUAUAGUUCAAUUUUUAUUUCGCCCCCUUCUCCUCUUCUUCUUCAUACGUUAUUUUGCCAAUAAUGAAACACGAAAAGAAGACUUUAGAAGAAACCGUACAGUUGUCUUUGGCCGAAGCUGAAGAAGCUUUAAAGCACCCAUUUGUCUUCAAGAAACCUAUAAAGAACGUUGCUGUGAUCGGUGCUGGCCCCUCCGGACUUCCAUCCGCCAGACAUUUGAGAGAUGCUGGUAUGAAUGUUCGUGUAUUUGAGCGAAAAUCCGAUGUGGGUGGUAUUUGGAAUUAUUCGGAUACAGCACCAUUAAAACCCAAGAUUCCUACUUCUCGUGUUUCUCGUGCUAUUGAUCCUGAAGCUUUUACUGCUCCCUUGGAAGGUCGUGAUAAGAAAACCGUCGAGAUGACUCCCGAGACUCAAAAGCUUCUUCUUCGAAAGUGUCCUCCCACCGCUUGUUACCGUGAUCUUUAUAACAAUACUUCGGUUCAUUUGUUUAACUAUCCCGAUUUUCCUUAUCCUAAGGAUACUCCUCAUUGGGCUCCUCACACCAUCACUAAAGAGUAUUUCCAGAGAUAUGCGAAAGAGUUUGACUUGUUGCCCUUGAUCGAAUUUAAUACAUGUGUGGAGCUUGUGACCAAGAACAAGGAGAAUGAUACGUGGGAGGUAUCUUUAUGCAAGUUUGAUGUGUAUCCCAGUGGAUUGGUAAGAAUUUCGCGAUGGAAAGAGACUUUUGAUGCUGUGGUGGGUGCAUCUGGCUUACAUCAGGAACCCUCUGUUCCCGAUAUCAAGGAUUUAACUGCUUGGAAUAAAAUGUGGCCUGAUAAAGCGUCUCACUCACAACAAUAUAGACGCCCUGAGGACUUUAAAGACAAGGACGUUUUAGUCGUGGGUGGAGCUAUUUCUGCUGUUGAUGUAGUUCGUGGGUUAGAAGGAUUUGCAAAGUCCAUCACCAUGUCGAUUGACGGACCGGUCGAAACCCCUUUUUACAUCCUCAACCUUAUCCGAUCCAAGAUUCCGGAGUCUGUUGUUAUUAAACCUAAUAUUGCUGCCUUUUCAGACGCCGAUGGUAACGUGGACGGAACCAUCCUCUUUACCGAUGAUUCGACCCUGCAAGUGGAUCAUGUCAUUUUUUGCACAGGGUUUAUCAACCGACUCAAGUACUUGGGCGAUCUUGUUAUUCGUAAAGAGGAGGAAGAAUUGGAGAAAGAGAAGGAUAUCUUCCCACGACCUUCCUAUGCCAACGUCCCCGAAAGCCAUGUUGUUGCCAGCUCGAAAUUCCCCUUGAACGUGUAUCGUGAGGUGUUUGUGAUGUCCGAUCCUACUUUAGCCUUUGUAGGUUUCCCACCUUAUUUCAGCACACCUUCUCAUUUUGAUACGCAUGCAAGAACGGUAGCCAGAGUAUGGAGUGGAAACGCAAAAUUACCGAAUGCCCAAUUGAUGGAUAAGUUUACAUCCGAGUUUGUUUCCGGAAUCAGUCCGCUUGAAAUCUUUGAUGCGGAUAGACAGAGAAGAGAACCCUUUAUUCAAUGGAUAAAUCAUCAUGCGGCUGCUUUAAAUCCUGAUUUACCCAAACUUGAAAACUAUCCAGCAGAUUAUGAAGAAAGAGGAGAUUACACCAUGACCAUCUGGAGUGCUAUUUCUGAUGAGAAUGUUGCAGCUACCAAAAAGCGCAUUCAAGAAAGUUUGGCGUAGAUUUUUUUUUUUUUUUUUUUUUAUUGAAUUUUUAUAAUAAAUUUUUUUUUUGUCAUUGCACGC